AUGGCGUCAAAUGAGAUUGCCCUGUACUACAGAGUCUUUUUUCUGUUCAUUGAACCGCUAUUUGCUCUCUUUGGGGCCAUCUGCGCCGGCCUGUAUCCCGGUCGUUAUCUCGCCAUGACCGAGCACCUGCCGUCGUCGAUUGGCAUCCUCCCACUUGGUAUCCAUGUAUCGCUGCGACAACUUGCCAACAUGUAUCUGCUAUUCGCCCUAAACGAAGCGCUGGUUCUCCGGGUCACCACCGACCGAAGAGUCUGGAGAAUGCUCCUUCUGAAUCUUGCAAUAGCUGACAUCGGCCAUUUGAUCAGCGUAGCACCUCUCGGGCCAGGCAUCUAUUGCGAUAUCACUCAAUGGAAUACAAUGGAUUGGGGCAAUAUUCCAUUUGUCUAUCUCGGUCUGACCUCGCGAUUAUGUUUUCUCAUGGGCUACGGAGUGAAGUCCAAGAGAGAGUGA